UCGGGGACGCGGCUACGCGGCCUCCAGGCCUGCGGCCUCCAGGCCUCUGGCUUCCGAACCUCUGGGCUCUGUACCAGCCGCGCGCUCGCUUUCCGCACCAUGUCCUUGCGGACGCUACCGCUGCUCUUCUUGAACUUGGGCGGGGAGAUGCUUUACAUCCUGGACCAUAGGCUGCGGGCCCAGAACAUCCCGGGAGACAAGGCCCGGAAAGUUCUGAAUGACAUCAUCUCAACCAUGUUCAAUCGAAAGUUUAUAGAGGAAUUGUUCAAACCCCAAGAGCUCUACUCCAAGAAGGCCCUGAGGACCGUCUACGACCGCCUGGCCCAUGCCUCCAUCAUGAGACUGAACCAGGCCAGCAUGGAUAAGCUCUAUGACCUGAUGACGAUGGCUUUCAAAUAUCAAGUAUUGCUGUGUCCUCGUCCCAAGGAUGUGUUGCUGGUCACUUUCAAUCAUUUGGAUGCCAUCAAGGGAUUCAUCCAAGACUCCCCAACCAUCCUGCACCAAGUGGAUGAGACUUUCCGGCAGCUGACGGAAACAUACGGGAGUCUCUCUGCGGGGGAGUUCCAGCUGAUCCGGCAGAUGCUCCUCAUCUUUUUCCAGGACCUGCACAUCCGGGUAUCCAUAUUUCUAAAGGACAAAGUUCAGAAUUCUAAUGGUCGCUUUGUAUUGCCAGUGUCUGGGCCCGUUCCCUGGGGAACUGAAGUUCCCGGACUCAUCAGAAUGUUCAACCACAAAGGCGAAGAAGUGAGGAAGGCAGAAUUCAAGCACGGUGGAAGCUAUGUUGCUGCCCCCAAAGAAGGGUCUUUUGAACUUUAUGGAGACCGAGUCCUGAAACUAGGAACUAACAUGUACAGUGUGAACCGGCCCGUGGAAACCCAUAUGUCCGGAGCAUCGAAGAACGCAGCUGCACGGACGCAAGAAUACACUGCUCCAAACCCUCUUGCUAAAGAAGAGCUGAAUCUCUUGGCCAGGCUGAUGGGAGGGAUGGAAAUUAAGAAACCCUGUGGCCCUGAGUCAGGAUUCCGGUUGAAUCUCUUCACCACUGAUGAAGAGGAGGAACAAGCAGCGCUAUCCAGGCCAGAAGAGUUAUCCUAUGAAGUUAUCAACAUCCAAGCUACUCAGGACCAGCAGAGGAAUAAAGAGCUGGCUCGGAUCAUGGGGGAGUUUGAGAUCACAGACCCGCCGAGCCGGAGCGCCAGCAAGGGUGAUGAUUUGCUUGCCAUGAUGGAUGAGUUAUAGCCGUGCUGACCAGGCACCCCCCUCCCCCUCCGAGAGGCUGCUGGAGGAGGACCCCGGACUCCCCGGGGAACCAGAUGCUGCUGCUAGUUUUCUACUGAUGAAGCCUUUACCUCUUGUUCCUGUUUAUGUCUGAACCAACUGUGCGGUUCUCCCCCAGGGAGCAAGCACUCUCUCUGGAAGGCCCGCCCAUGUACUUAUUUUCAGCAAAGUAUAUUCUGGCUUUUAAA